CUGACUUUGACUUGACUGACUGAAGGUUCACAAGCAGGGCAGCUUGGUUGGAAGAUCCAUUGAUCUCUCAAGACUCUAUGGAUACGAAGACUUAAUGACUGCACUAGAACGUCUUUUCAGUAUGGAAGGUCUUCUCAGUGAUCCAGGUAAAGGGUGGCGAGUUUUGUACACCGACAGUGAGAAUGAUGUAAUGGUGGUUGGAGAUGAUCCAUGGCAAGAAUUUUGUAAUGUGGUAUCAAAGAUCCACAUAUACACACAAGAAGUGGCUAAGAUGAGCCUAGGAAUGGGCAUUGAUGACACUCAAAGCUGUCUGGAAGAAGCAGCAGUGAUAAUGGAAGCAUCAAAGUCUUCCUCAGUGGGGCUGCCUGAUUGCUCCCCACCAGUCAUAAGGGAAUGA